AUGGGUGAUAUACCAGAAAAAUAUAGUGAUCCAGGUCUAUGCAUGGUUAGCUGUACUAUUGAGGGUGUAACAAUUUUUGACUGCAUGUGUGAUCUAGGAGCAUGUGUGAGUAUUAUGCCAUUAUCUGUAUAUGAUGCUUUGAGGCUACCUCCUUUAAAAAGGUCAGCAACACACUUUGUUUUGGCAGAUAAAAGCAUAAUCUCGGUGAUUGGGAUUGCUGAGGACGUGCUACUGAGCAUUAAGGGGCUAACAUUCCCUAUUGAUUUUUACAUUUUGGAGAUGCCCCCUAAUGACUCAGGAAGACCAUCAUCCCUCCUGCUGGGAAGGCCAUUUCUGAAGACUUCGAAGUUCAAGUUGGAUGCCUUCUUAGGAACUUACUCUUUUGAGAUAGAUGGCAGAACAGUGAGCUUCAAUCUGGAUGAAGCUAUAAAGCACCCACCGGAGGAUCAUUCCAUCUUCCAGUGCGAUAUUAUUGAUGAGGCCGUGGCUGUAGUCCAUCAGGAAGAAAUAGAAGAGAUGCACAUAGAGCAAGGUGCAAGUGUGGGGAAGCCCUCUAAGCUUCUUGAAUAUGUCAUACCACCACACAUAGCCUCAGAUGAUCAAGUGCCUAGCCAGGAGCAGAAAAUAGAACUAAAGCCCCUUCCACCCCACCUCAAAUAUGCUUACCAUGAGGAUAAUUAG